AUGUACUACUGUAAUGAACCAGAACUGAUAUUCUAUGGGGGCACACGCACGGCAGUGGCUGGUGCGCUGAUCGGAGUAGAUGCACUUUCUAUAGGUUUACAUGUUCUAUUUAUCAUGGCGAUUUAUAAAAUGGCUGGGUGGGAAUCGGAUUUCGCUUUCGUACUUUUGAUAACCAUGUCAGCAAUUGCGAUUUUUCGUUACAUGGAUGAUAUCGUGUGCUACAUGCUCGCUUUGAAAUAUGUGGAUUUUUGCACGAAUCAUCAUCUGUUUACGACUCUUGGUUCCAUCAAGCUCUCUGCAUACUUCUCCACGAUUCUCAUUGCUCUCCUAAUGAGUAUCCAUAGAAUGAUUUACACAUUGCGCGCCACUCGAGCGUCAAGCCUCCUAACACCUCGGUUCAUGAAGGCGUUCAUGAACAUUCACGAAAUUCUUCCUACCGUUUCCCGUGGAGUGGACAUGCGGGCGACGAAAAGUCCAGAGAUAUACCGGAUUCCUGCAUCUCAUCCAGUCUUCCUUGGCCGAAACGGGAUUCUCGAGGUUCAUGAGGCUCCCAUGUCUCUCAAAGACUCAUCAAAGGCAUCUGUCACGGCGUUGACCAUCUCGGGAUCUUCCUUGGAGAAGGUGGGAGUGCUAGUACUUGUUUGCGGGUUCUUCGCAGCGGUUAUUGUUGUUGCGAACCCGGAUGAUGUGCACUAUCAUUUUGUGCCCAGCUAUCUCUCCUAUGACGACCUUUCCGAAAGCACAUGGGAAAUUUUACGAUUAACUCAAAAAACUAUCAACUACACGUUCGCCCUCUCCAGCGUAAUUACGUAUGCGGUUAUUUUCACUUAUUUAUUCAUCUGUCAUUCGCUGUCCUUCAAGAACAACAACGAACUUCGAAUGACGGUACAGAUGUACUGUAUCGAUCCAGACCCAGUAUUCUGGGGUAGUACACGCACAAUAUCGGCUAUUAGUUUAAUCACUAUAGCUGUGGUCUCUCUCGGUCUACAUGGUUUAUUUAUUAUAGUAGUCCGUAGACUGGCCGGAUGGAAGUCGAGUUUCUCUUUCGCACUGUUGAUAUCCAUGUCGAUGGUUUCGAUAACUCGUUUUUUGGUCGAAAUUGUUUGCGACAUUCUUGCUCUCGCCUACACUGAUUUCUGCGCGAAUCAUCACUUGUUUACGACGUUGGGUUCCAUCAAUGCAUCUGCAUACUUUACUGUAAUUCUCCUCACAAUCCUAAUGACUAUUCAUCGAAUGAUCUACACUAUCUGCGCCACUCGAGCGUCAACGUUUCUGUUUCCUUCAUUAAUGAAAGGAGUUCUGGUGUUCGUAUGGGCAUUUUUCAUAGCAUUCAUUGCUAUUGCCCACCCAAAUGAUGUCCAUUACCAUUAUGUGCCGAAUCUUCUUUCUUUCGAUGAUCUUUCCGAAAACUCAUGGAUAUUUUUACGAUUUGCGGAAAGAAUUGCCAACUACACCUUGGGGAUUUCAAAUAUCAUUGCAUAUUCAAUCCUUUUCGGUUAUCUAUUCUGCCGUCAUGCAUUGUCGUUGAAACACAAUAGGGAACUUCGAAUGACUAUACAGACGGCUUUGUUCGUGAUCAUCCAGUGUACCUAUUUCAUCUACUGGGAAUUCAUUGAGAAAGAGAAGAGGACAGCUGUAGGACUGAUGACAAGAAGUAUCAUCAACUUAGCAUAUUAUGAUUCCACCCUGCUGCCAUACUUUUGCAUCAACAAGAGUGUCCAGAAGCAGAUGGUCAACAUUCUUUGCACCAAAAAAUCCCCUAUUGCCCAUUCUCGCACGCUUUCCGUUAAUCCAAAUAUUCAUACCUGUUCAAAAAUACGUCGUUGA